AUGCCAUUCAAGUGGGAUGCUGCUUCCGAGCGCAAUUUGCUCCUCUUUGCCCUUGCGGAGAUGAGCCCACCAGCGGCUUCGAUUUGGCCUCGGGUUGCCGACAAGCUCGGCAAUGACCUCAACGCAAAUGCCUGCAGCCAAAAAUUCUACAAGCUGAGGAAAGAGAGCGAAAAACUGCUUCAGCAGGACGAUGCGGCUGCCAGCGGUGAUUCAGCGACCCCAGUCAAAGAGCCAAAGACCACGAAGACACCCAAUAGCAAGGCUGCCUCUGGACGGAAGCGAAAAGGCGCCGACGCCAACGGAGAAGAGAUCAACACCCCCGUCAAGAGAAAGCGAAAUGUCAAGAAAGAAGCCCCAGCCGACUCAGGGGUUGAAGUCAAGACAAAAAUUGAAGAAGAUGAGAGUGCCGCCGUCAAGAGUGAGGUCGAACACAGAGAAGGUGAAUGA